GAGGAGGGUGAAGGAGAGAGGACUUCAACGCGUUGGUGUUCGGGCUCGAGAUGAAGCAGAUGCCGGCACAACGACAGUCUUGUCAACGACACGACAUGGAGCUGUUUCUGUGUGCGCUGCCUUCGACUUUCAUCCGGUUUCAGGGACUUUGGCCACGGGCGGCCACGAUCAGUGCGUGUGCUUGUGGAAAAACAGCGACCUCGUGCUAGGUAGCGCGGGCAGCGGCAAACUGAGGAUGAAGAAGUCAAUGAAAGGCAGCAACAGCAGUCGGCGAGGAGGUGGGAUGAAGGUAUUCGAACAAGAGGAGCAGUCGGACAGGAUACUCGAUGUGGAUUCGACGGUCGGAGCCGCUGUUAGUGACCGAAGGGACGAGCAUGAGGAAAGGAUGGCGCAUGUCAAUCUGGAACGAGACGAACUUGGGUGAUUCUAGUAGAGGUCUACUCUCGAUUGUGUGACUAGCACUUGGUCUGCAGCGAACUAACGCUCAUAUGCUCCAUAAUGAAGCAGUCGCGGCACAGAAAGUCAGUCACAUGUCAUGGAUGUAGAGAUCAACACAGCAGCACUGGUAGUCGUAGUCGCGAAUUUUGUAGAAAGUGGUUUGAGUGGCAUCGUGAGGGCCGCGCUUCUUUGUAGUUGGUGCUCAUGAAAGAAGCUUUACUGCAGUAUACAUAUAGGUGGUAAGUUAAAUUCUAUAAUCAGUGAAUAACGCAAAUGGUAGGCUUUGGCUAACUUACCACAGCAUUGCUCUGAAAGUCGUGCGAUUGUGUUCUUCUGUUUGUAAGGCGAAAGCCUUUUGUGGUGCAAGUGCCAACGACGAGAGUGAGUUUUUGGCCCAGCCGCUGGAAAAUAUUGCACGAGAGAUGAGUUGUAGACAUUUAUUACGCUGUUUCAACACUUUGUAAACCUUUUCUUUGUUAUUUUCCUGCAUCACUUGCUCAUGCUUUUGUUUUCUAUACUUUUGUCUUCAAUUAUCAGUAGAUGUUUUGCAUUUCUUACUUUCGUCUCCAUGGACUGGCUUUUGCAUGUUGUCUUUCGUCUUUUCUGUGGAUUUUGUGUGCAUCAUAUACUAUUUCUCCGUCCAUCUUCUGCAUUAGUCUUGAGACACGUUUCCCAUACCUUCUGUCAAAGCUGCAAUGUGACCAUAAUCAUUACUAUCGUCCUCCUCAUCACCCAAUCAAAAAAAGGGUAUAGAAGGGAACAACUUAUUGGGCUUAGCUCAAACAACCACCUCCACAAAAUGGCGAAGAUGAUGAUGGCGAAGAUGUCGUCCAUGAAGAUGGCCAUGAAGAUGAAGAUGAUGUCCGCCAUGAAGAUGGGCAUGAAGAAGAUGGCCAUGAAGAAGAGCGUCAUCGCCAAGGGCAAGCGCGCCAAGUCCAGCGUGUUCAAGGGCACCAAGGAAAAGACUUCCGGCGGCCUCAAGAAGUCCGACUUGAAGAAGAACAAGGCCGGCAAGAUCGUCUCCUCCAAGAAGUCCGCCGCCGCCAAGAAGUCCAAGCAGGCCAAGACGAUCCUCGCCUGGGCUGCCGCCGUCGUCAAGGCUCGCAAGGCCCUCGGCAUCAAGGGCUUCUGCCCGAUCGGUGGAAAGACCGCUGCCGGCAAGGCCCUCUACGCCAAGGUCAAGAGCUUCGCCAAGUAAGAGGCUUCCCUUCUUGGAGAAUCUGUCAAGUUGCUCCCUUGUGAUUUGAAGAUAAAUAUAAAUAUGGUGGAAUUCUGAGGUCCACUAAAGUGGAUGGGCAGUAGAGAGGCCGCAGUGCCUCAUGCUGUUCCAGCGGAUGCUCAUGUCGUGGGGUACUUCCAUGCGUGCUGCGUCCCCUCAGAUUC